UGGAUGGUCACUCAACAUGGACACCGAAACAAUCUACGAACCUUUCUCAACUCCCAAGAUGAUAUCAUCGGUGCUUCUUCUCUUAACAUUUGUCUUUGGAUUGAUUGUGAAUUCCUUGUAUCUUUGGGUUCUUUGGUUCAGGAUGAGAAGAACGGUAAACACAACCUGGUUUCUUCACCUAAUUUUGACCAACUUCUUUUUCACGCUCUUCACCCCCUUCCUCGCUGUGUUUUUGAUGAUGAGACCUCGCUGGAUCUUUGGCCUGUUCAUGUGCAAGUUUGUUAACUCUUUGGUUUCGGUAUGCAUGUAUGGAGCGGUAUUCAUCCUCACAACAAUUAGCCUUGACCGGUACUGCUUGGUGUUUCACCCUCAUUGGUACCGAAAACAUAUGAACCCUCGCAAGGCUUCUCUUAUCUGUGCAGCAUUGUGGACAUUCGCUCUUUUAUUCAGUUCUCCUUACCUAGUAUUUCGUAAUGUAAGAUAUAGGAAUAAUAUCACUAUUUGCUACAAUGACUACACCCUUUCUGGCAAGUUGGACGAACGACAGAUCAAAUGGUUCUUGUUUAGUUUCCGACUACUUGUGGGAUUAUUAAUUCCUCUAGGUAUCAUCACAAUUUGUUAUUUCAGCAUUUUUAUCAAGAUGAAGAGAGAAAACCUGACUCGGUCUACCCGACCAUACAAGAUAAUGUGUACCGCUAUCCUGUCCUUCUUUAUCUCCUGGACCCCUUACCAUGUGUGGUAUGGAAUGACUGUAGAGCACGGCAAGUUCCCCGAGACAACACUUGAGGUCUUACAGAUCUUGACAGUUUUAUUUACAUGCAUUAACUACUGCCUUACCCCGAUACUUUACCUGUUCAUUGUGGAAAGCUUCAAAAACAUUUUCAAAAAGUCUCUGGUGGCCCUAAUUGAAUUAGUUCUCAAUGAAACCAACUCCACGGCAAACAGGAGUCUUGAAGAUCGGAAAGAACAGGAAAGAGCAAGCUUUUCAGCCGUAAACAGUGUAAAAGAGGAAGGCUCUUGAACCCAAAUCUGUCAACUCCUUAUUGGUGAC